CCAAGGACAAAACAGAUGCAAUCGGAAUACCGCAAUUGACAUUAUUUUCAUUGUAAUGCAGUAAUAGUAAUUACAAUUAGUACUUGAUUAAAGUUGUUGUACGUAUCUCACUAAAACACAAGCGUAACGCAGUAAAAACUAAACUGUUAAUUGUUGCCAUAUGUCAGGCUAGAACGCCGUAUGUACACAUUUGUAAUUUGGAAGGGUAGGCCAACUAGCAUGCAAUGGGAAUUAGUUUAAUAUCGUUUGCAAGUAAUGCAGCAGGAUUCUUAAUGUACUAACAGGGCCGAGUACCCGCUGCGGUCGUCGAUAUUAAGCAAGAGUUUGGUACGAGGGGAAGGGAGAUCACGUGAGAUGGCGUCCCACAUGUCCACCCCAUCGAUACCUGUGAGCUUCGACACGUCUCCCCCUGCAAGCACAUCGGUGAAUGGAGGGAGGCAAGAAAAUAUGUAUCCGGUUUUGAAGGUCCCCAGACAGUGCCCGUUCGUCCUUCUGGUAGAGGGAUGGAAUGACGUAGGCUUCCACGGAUCCGCGCAGAUCCCGACGCCAAACAUUGACGCGCUGGCCUACAACGGCAUCAUCCUGAAUAGUCACUACGUGCCUGCUCUGUGCACCCCUUCCAGAUCCUCACUCAUGACGGGGAAGUACCCCACACACACGGGCAUGCAGCACUUGGUGAUCCUUGCCCCCGAGCCCUGGGGCCUGCCCCUCUCAGAGAGGCUGAUGCCUGAGUACCUGAAAUCUGCAGGAUAUGCCACUCAUGCGAUUGGCAAGUGGCAUCUGGGCUUCCAUCGCAGGGAGUACACACCCACGUACCGUGGGUUUGACUCCCAUUAUGGCUACUGGAAUGGAUACCAGGAUUACUAUGACCACACAAUGAGAGCAACGCUAGUGCCAUACAAAGGCUAUGACAUGCGCCGCAACAUGACUAUCGACUGGCAGGCUCGCGGACUUUAUUCCACCGAUUUGUUCACGAAUGAGGCCGUGCGUGUCAUUGAGACACACGACAGCGAGAAGGGGCCACUGUUCCUGUAUCUGGCACACCUAGCGCCUCACACCGGCAACCCUGAGGAGCCAUUCCAAGCUCCGGAUGAAGAAGUGGCAAAAUUUGCACACAUCGAAGAUCCAGAGAGGAGAAUGUAUGCAGCAAUGGUGUCAAAGUUGGACCAGUCAGUUGGUGAUGUAAUGGCAGCAUUAAGAACAAGAGGGAUGCUUCACAACUCUGUUGUAUUGUUCAUGUCUGACAAUGGGGCACCCACAUUUGGGGUGCAUUCCAACAGGGGUUCCAAUUUCCCACUCAAAGGGAUGAAGGAGAGCCCAUGGGAGGGAGGUGUGCGAGGGGUGGCUGCCCUGUGGAGUCCCCUUCUGCACUCUACCCAGCGAGUCUCAAAUCAGUUAAUGCACAUUGCAGAUUGGUUGCCCACAUUUUAUUCUGCUGCAGGUUUGGAUGUGCGUGACUUGGGUAAGAUUGAUGGGAUUGACAUGUGGUCGACUCUCUCAGAGAAUAUUCCAUCACCACGAUUAGAGAUUCUCCACAAUAUAGACCCUAUUGAUGAUUAUGCAGCAUUACGAAGAGGAGACUGGAAGUAUGUUACAGGCACAACGCAGAACGGAAAAGUAGACGAAUGGUAUGGUGAAUCGGGUUUGGACAGCAAGGGUAAAUCGCAAAAGUAUGAUGUGGACAUGGUACUGAACUCAAAAGUUGGCAUUACCAUAACAGGAUUCACCACUAAGCUGCAGCUACAGGCCAAGAAAUUGGCAAGAAUGUCACAGAAUGGAAGCACAGACAAAGGUGAUGGAAGCAAACCACUGAAGCUGCUAUCAGAAAUGGCUGUAAUGUCACUGCGACACCAGGCAGAAGUUCACUGUAAUAAAAAGAGUAGUAUGUCCUCUUUAAGUAACACCAGUUCUGAGACAGCUUGCCAGCCUCGGGAAGCACCUUGUCUCUUUAACAUACGUGAUGAUCCCUGUGAGACCACAAAUCUGGCAUUCAGUCAGCCACUCAUUCUCCACAGCCUCGAGGAGUCUCUGGAGCAAUUCAAGAAGACGAUGGUGAAACCUCUAAAUGUUCCUGGAGACCCUAUGUCAAACCCCACUUACUGGAAUGACACAUGGGUGAACUGGAAGGAUGACACUGUCACUCCUGAUGACAGCAUUAAAGUCCUACCUUUACCAACAAGUCCUCCGUCAACACUGUCAUUCAUGACAGUCCUCUCUCUUAUUAUAGCGCUUUCCAUUGUCACUGCUGUCAUGAAACUGUCAGUCAAUGUUACACCACAGAAAAGUUCCUUUUUCUCUAAGUUCCUCAUAAAACCCAAGCAGACAGAUAUAAGCAGUGAUCAGAAAGGAGAAGUGCAGUAAUCACUAACUGUAAGACUGAAAAGUUUCACUUAUAUGAUGCACUGUGUAACCUUGUAACACGCAACAUUUUUUCAAGGUGAAUUCUGAUAAUUAUAGCAAGGUAUUCCGAGACAAGUUUUCAAUGCCAGCUUCCUUAAAAUGCUGUAGUCUCUGUCACAGGGGUGGCAGAAAAAGUCUCAUCAGGUUUUAUGGAUGUGGCCCUCUGCCCUGUUACAAUUCAGAAUUAUUCUAGUAUCAUUUUCAAUUUAUACGGGUCAGUUGAUGAAAUAUCUCCAGUCACUUCUUCCUUACAACAUACUUUCCGUUUCAGUUUCUUUGCAGCUCUUUGCUCCCUUCCUGAAGUCUUUCAGUACCUAGCCAAACUAUUCAGAAUUUACUUCACUAUGAAUCUUUGACAUUUGGUAGGAUUCCUUGGAUGGAGGUUUACAUAAACUAUCCCAAGGCCUCUGCUACACAACACAUAGAAACAAAAAGUGCUUAUACAUGAUUUAUCACCCUUUCUCUGUAAAAUGGUACUGAUAAGACAUCAAAUAAUUUCAUUUUAUUGAAUCUAUAUACAGGAGAACUGUACUAGUCAAAAUCAUACUCUUUAUUACUUCAUCCCAUUGUAUAUGCCCUUAAGUAUGUCUGUGUACAUAUAGACUUCCUGUGUAAGUGUAUUUGUAUUUUAAUAUAAGAAUAUAGAAAAUUUCAGUUCCUAAAACUGUAA